AUGGACGUGAACUUCAAUGAGUACAUCGACCUUGGUCCUGGUGACGAUAUACCACACAUGGCAAAGAUCAAACUGCUACCUUCUAGUCUCACACCUUUGGAUGGUUCAUCAGCAUCCACAUGCGAAAUUCAGUAUCCUGAAGAGCAGGGUGUUAUCGAGUGCCUGGUGGUCGCCCUGCUGGUGGCCAGGGCGAGCAGCCACAAGCUACUCGACCUCAAGCAUCAUUUUCAGCCAACGGUGCACGCUGUGCCGGCAAUCGUGCACACCACGAUAUCGCAUAGGCCGUUCGUGCUGCCCGCGCCUUUGGUGGCCCCGAGGCCUCUGGUACAGCCUGUGCUGGUGCAGCCGCGGCCCCUGCCCCCGCCCAUCCACUCGACGGUGGUCAUCCAAACAGCGCCGAGAGCACCACCUCCGCCGCCACCCUCACCGGUGCUGGUGCAGCCGGUGGUUCAGCCGCGCUUGGUGGCACCGCAGCAAGUGCUGGUGCCCACCAGAGUAGUUCCACCGGCUGCCGUGGUCACGCACCACCACCAUCCUUUCUUCGUGUCAGGCCUGGUGGCAGCGCAGCCGCCGCGUUCGCUGUUAGUGCAUGCACCGCCACCCGCGGCCCUACCAGCGGUGGCCGCGCCACCCCCUCCACCUCCACCACCUGCCGUGCAGCCACUGUUUGUGGUGCCGGAGCCGAAACCAACAGUGACCACCGUCCCGCUGCAGCCCCGGCUCGUGCACCAAGCCGUGGAGCCGACCAGGGCGGAAGAACUGCCACCCAAGGUCAGCUACAUCUUGCACCAUCACACUAGACUCGUACAAGUGGCCCCUCCGCCGCCGCCACCACCACCCCCACCAUCCGCACCAGCCGUGCUUCCCGCAGCUGCCCCGUUGCCCACUGCGCUCGUGCAGCCGGUUGCCGCAGUCGCGCCUCUCCCCGUGCCGGCCCGCCAGGUGCAGGUCAUCAGAGAAGUCAUCCGGCCAACUUACGUCAUCGAGCACCUGUCCAAGAAACAGCGCAAGUUCCGCAAGAUCAAGAUGCUCAAGAACUGCAGCCUGCUCAAAAAGCUCAAGAGCCAGCUAGCCUCCAGUGCCGAGAACUUGCAUCUGUAUGACACGCAUGGCCCAUACGAAGAUGACGCGCACGUCGACUCGUACAGUCACGUGCACGUACCUUACUCGGGUGGAAGCGCGAACGUUGAAGUCUACCGAUCAAUCCACGGAUCAGAAUUCGCAAAACGAAAUGGCCGAUAAGCAAUGGCGUCGAAAAUGUUUGUGUAAUAUUUGCGGGCGUGGGUGCUUGUGUGUGCGAGUGUGUAUUACGAGUGUUG